CGACCAGAUCCUAGACUGUUACUACGCCGCGCCUCCUGUCCUGUACUCAACUUUUCCUGAGUUGUUUCUUACUCAUCGUAGGCGCUGAGCAUCGGGGAAAUCCUGUCUCCGAUGACUAGCAUGAGUAUUAUAACAUUGGUUGAAGAUAUAUGGGACAUGGAAGGAAACAUGAUAAGAAAGGUAGAGAGCGAUUUAUUAAACCUGCUUUUUAAAAUUUCUUCAUUUGACAGCCGGUUGCAUGCAUUCACUGUGGAGGGUUUUAUGGAAUUAAUUACAAUGAGCCUGUGUGUUCUACUUGUCAUGCGUUUCUGUAUCCCCCAUUACAAGUCGAUGAGCCUCCAUGUAUCACAAUAACUGGGCCAGAGUCAUCAAGUGAAGGGGAAGAUUCCGGCACUGAGGAGCCAACAGAUUAUAUGUACAAACGCAAAAAAGUUGUUAAAAGUAGACAAAAGAUUAUAUUGUCACCCUUAACAGGUGAACUGUCAGACCGGAUUUCUGAGCUGUCUCUUUACAAAGAGCGGAACAACGUCAUUGAAAAUGGCAUCGUAGAAAACUUACCAAAUGAAGUUCUAGAAAAAAUAUUUUCAUACCUUGAUGAUCUAACAAUGGCAGUGGUGCCACUGGUUUGCCAACGAUGGCAGCAAGUCGCAUCGGACCAUCACAGUAUGGACUGCAUCGAGUGGGAAGAAGCUGUCCAUAAAAGAUGGCCGCUCUUCAAGCCACAAUACCAAGUAAAAUGUUGGAAAACAUGUUUUACAAAGUUAUUAGAAACUGUGCCUUGUAGAAAAUGUGUUGAGCAAAUUAAUAUAGAGAACCGCACAAAUAAUGGUGGAAUUCAAUCGUGGCGAGCCAGACGUUUAAAGACUGAAAUGAAGAACAUCCGGAUGGACCCACCAGAGGGCGUUCUAGCUGUUCCAUUAACAAAGAAUUGUAUCCAUUGGCAGGCAUCGAUUGUUGGCCCUCCUGACAGUCCAUAUGAGGGAGGGAUCUUUUAUUUACACUUACAAUUAGCAAGCAGCUAUCCUAUUAGACCACCAAUUGUGCAUUUUAUGACGAAAAUAUUUCAUCCAAACAUCAGUCGCCAUGGUGAUGUUGGCAUCGAUUCUCUGCAUCAUAACUGGAGUUUGGCUCUGACAAUAACAAAGGUGCUCAUUAGUGUACAGUCAUUGCUCACUGAUCCCUUUACCAAUGUGUGCAUGGAACCUGCAAUCGGUGCUUUAUAUGAAAACAACCGUGAUGAGUUUAACAGGAUCGCUCAGGACUGGACGUGGCGCUAUGCCAUGAUGGACAUGGUCCGGCCUGACGAGUUCAUUGAGAUAAAAACACAGAGCGAUAGCGACGAGAAUGAGGAAAACGACGAGAUGAGGUAUUACCGGAGGUAUUGUGGACAACACAGGCGACCAUAUAAACCGUUUGAUCCCAUGGAAUUAUUAAUUAGUGAAGACAAUAUGAUUGGGAAUGCCGGUGGUCCUGCUGACUAAGUAUUGUCGAAGAACCCCAUUCCCAUGAAAAAAAAAUCAGUGGCAGAUCCAGGAAUUUGAAAUAGAGGGGGGAUCAGGUAGGGACUUUCACAGACAGCGAGUCUACAGCACCUCAGCUUCAAUGUGGUUGGGGUUGAGCAAAGAUAAUUUUUGAUUUGGUUAUUGAAUAUUAUAAUUAUUUUUUUUUAUAUUGUAAUUUUGAAAAAUGUAGGGUGGGGCCUAGGCCAACUGGGCCCCCUUGAAUCCGCCACUGAAAGUUAACAUACACUGGUGACCCUGCUAACUAGUACAUUAACAUCCAAGAACACUUGCCAUAACUUAGUGAAUCAUAUGUUGCCAAAUAUGAACACAACUAUGUGAACGUAAAACAGAUUUGCUUAUCUGUGAUAUUCUUGCAUUCUCUGCACAAGCUAGAUUGUUCUCAAAUGCGCAGUAAAAUUUAUUGAUCGAUAGCUCUGCUGGCUGGUGAGGUCAAAUGACGGAGACUACUUGCCAUAAUAAUAGAUGGAAUACCACAAGAAAGUUCAAAACAUAGUACAUGUCAAAGCAUAAUCGAAAUUGUUUUGAAUCAUGAUUGUCAACAAAAUAUCCGUGAGUUUAAAUGGUUUUUAUUUAUAAUCAAGCUGGUAAUUUACACCUGAAAUACUGUAGAAUGUUACAAAGAAAUAAAAAAAAAAAAACCCAAUUCCAUCUCAGUGUUUCAGAGGUAUUAAAUGUGCCCAAUAAUUUUUCUUGAACACUGUGUCAUGGGGAUAAAUAUAAACAAGAACCCACAUGCCUUUAAUGAAUUAUAUAAAACUUCUUUUAAAAAUA